AUGGCAAUGAGGAGUGGGAGGCAGUCUCAACCAGAGUUGUGGCUAGAGACCAACUAUCCCAAGACCCCUUGGGAAAACAUUACACUAUGGUGCAAAAGCCCCUCUGGAUUUCCAAGCAAGUUCCUGCUGCUGAAGGAUGAAACACAGUUAACCUGGAUCCGCCCUUCCCAGAAGACCAUCAAAGUUUCAUUCCACUUAGGUGCCCUUACUAAGACCAAUGCAGGACGGUACAAGUGUCUCUACUGGAAGGAAAAAGGCUGGUCAAAACCUAGUAAAGUUCUAGAGUUGGAAGGUCCAGGUGAAACUUCAAAACCCAGCUUAUGGAUCUCAGCAAAAACCUCCCCUCUUCCUGUAUGUAGUGUUGAUAUUCUCUGUCAUGGAUGGAUGCAAGAUAUAGUAUUCAUGCUAUUCAAAGAGGAGCCUGCAGAGUACACAGAUUACCGGUCCUCAGCUGGGACAGUAACCAUAUUCUCCGUUGCCAAUUUAACGCCUAAGAGCAAAGGGAUGUACAUAUGCCGUACUCAUAUUCAGAUGUAUCCUACUCUGUGGUCAGAGCCCAGCGACCCCCUGAAACUAAUUGUGGCAGGACUUUAUCCAAAACCAACUCUUACAGCAUAUCCUGGGCCCUUCAUGGCACCUGGAGAAAGCCUGCAUCUCAGGUGUCAAGGGCCAAUCUAUGGAAUGACCUUUGCUUUAAUAAGGCUUGAAGGUGUGAAGAAAUCCUUUUAUCUAAAGAGACCAGUAAAAAAUGAGGCAUAUUUCUUCUUCCGGUCUUUGAAAAGAUAUGAUACUGGACGUUACUUUUGCUUUUACUACGAUGGCUCAUCCAGAGGCUCAUUGCUCAGUGAUGUGCAAAAAAUCUGGGUAACCGACACUUUCCCUGAUAGCUGGCUACUUGUUCAUCCAAGUCCUGUGGUCCAAAUGGGUCAGAAUGUGAGCUUAAUGUGUCAAGGGUCAGUGAAAGGCGUGGGACUUGCACUCUAUAAAAAAGGAGAAGAUAAAGCACUUCAGCUCUUGGAUAACACUAACAUUGAUGACAAGAAGUCAUUCUUCCUCAACAAUGUGAACUACAGUGAUGCUGGCAUCUAUAGCUGCCAAUAUUCCCUCUCCUGGAAGACCUCCAUCAGGGUGACAUCUCACAACAUUGUGGAUCUUGUGGUUAUAGAUAAGCCCCCUAAGCCUUCUCUGACAGCCUGGCCCAGCACUGUGUUUAAACUAGGAAAGGCCAUUACCCUUCAGUGCCGAGCACCUCAUCCAGUAAUUGAAUAUUCGCUGGAACAGGAAGAAAAAACAACAGUGAAACAAGUCUCAGUGAAUGGAAACUUCAUCAUCAGUAAUAUUGAAGGGAAAGGCACAGGGACUUACAGCUGCAGCUAUCGUGCAGAUGCAUACCCUAAUAUCUGGUCAUAUCACAGUGAUCCUCUGACGCUGAUGGGACCAGCAGGUUUUCUCGCUUGGAAUCAUGUUUUGAAUGAAGCCAUCAGAUUGACCCUAGUGAUACAGGUUGUUGCUUUACUGUUGAUAGUCCUGUGGGUAAGAUGGAGAUGUCGGAGACUCAGACUCAGAGAAGCCUGGUUGCUGGGAACAGCUCAAGGGGUCACCAUGCUCUUCAUAGUCGCGGCCCUGCUCUGCUGUGGACUGUGUAAUGGGGCAGUGACAGAAGAGACUGAAAUAGUCAUGCCAACUCCUAAGCCUGAGCUGUGGGCAGAGACCAACUAUCCUCUGGCCCCGUGGAAGAACUUAACCCUCUGGUGCAGAAGCCCUUCUGGUUCAACCAAGGAGUUUGUGCUGCUAAAAGAUGGAACCGGGUGGAUUGCCACUCGUCCGGCCACAGAGCAGGUCCGGGCAGCUUUCCCCCUUGGCGCCUUGACCCAGAGCCACACCGGGAGUUACCACUGUCAUUCAUGGGAAGAGAUGGCUGUGUCUGAGCCCAGUGAGGCCCUGGAACUAGUGGGAGCAGAUAUCCUCCCCAAGCCUGUCAUUUCUGCUUCUCCCCCAGUCCGAGGACAGGAACUGAAAAUCCGGUGCAAAGGAUGGCUGGAAGGCAUGGGGUUUGCGCUCUAUAAGGAGGGGGUACAGGAACCUGUCCAGCAACUUGGUGUGGUUGGGAGAGAAGCCUUUUUCACAAUCCAAAGAAUGGAGGAUAAAGAGGAAGGCAAUUACAGCUGCCGAACUCAUACUGAAAAGAGCCCCUUCAAGUGGUCUGAGCCUAGUGAGCCUGUGGAGCUUGUCAUUAAAGAAAUGUACCCCAAGCCCUUCUUCAAGACAUGUGCCAGUCCUCUGGUGACUGCUGGUUCCCGAGUAACUUUCAACUGCUCUACUCCCCACCAGCACAUGAGCUUUAUUCUUUACAAAGAUGGAAGUGAAAUUGCAUCCAGUGACAGAUCCUGGUCAAAUCUGGGUGCCAGUACAGCUCACUUUCUCAUCCUUUCGGUGGGCAAUGGUGAUGGAGGGAAUUAUAGCUGCCGUUAUUAUGACUUUUCUAUCUGGUCUGAGCCCAGUGACCCUGUGGAGCUUGUGGUGACAGAUUUCUACCCCAAGCCUACUCUCUUGGCUCAACCAGGUCCAGUGGUACUUCCGGAAAAGAAUGUGACCCUGCGCUGCCAAGGACCUUUCUGGGACAUGAGGUUUGCCCUUCUGAAGGAAGGAACACAGACUCCCUUACAGAUCCUGAGUGCUUCAGGGAACUCAGUUGACUUCCUUCUCCACACUAAUAGUGUAGAGGAUUCUGGGAACUACAGCUGUGUCUAUUAUGAGACAACCAUGUCCAACAGGGGAUCACAGCUCAGCACACCCGUUAUGAUCUGGGUGACUGAUACAUUCCCCAAGCCAUGGUUGUUUGCUGAGCCCAGUUCUGUGGUACCCAUGGGGCAAAACGUUACCCUUUGGUGUCAAGGCCCAAUUCGCGGAGUAGGGUACAUUCUGCAUAAAGAAAGAGAUGACACUUCAGCGGAGCUCUCGGAAACCACCAGUAAUGAUGGGGCAUUUCCCAUCACUAAUAUAUCUGGUGCUACCAUAGGACGCUACAGUUGUUGCUACCAUCCUGACUGGACAAGCCCUAUCAAGUUACAGCCUAGCAACACCCUGGAACUCAUAGUCACUGGUUUGCUUCCGAAGCCCAGUCUAUCAGCCCAGCCUGGUCCUGUGGUAGCCCCUGGAGAAAACAUGACACUUCACUGUGAAGGGGAAUUGCCUGACUCAACAUAUGUCCUGUUGAAAAAGGGUGUCCAAGAGCCCAUAGAGCAACAGAAGCCAAAUGGGUAUAAGGCUGACUUCUGGAUGCCAUCAGUGAGAAGUAAGGAUUCUGGAAUCUAUAGCUGUGUCUAUUAUUUGGAAACUGCUCCCCUUGCAGCUUCCAAUCACAGUGAGCUUCUGGAGAUCUGGGUGACUGAUAAGCCCCCCAAGCCAUCUCUGUCAGCUUGGCCGAACGCUGAGUUCAAGCUAGGGAAGGACAUCACAUUGCAGUGCCGAGGACCCCUGCCAGGAGUUGAAUUUGUCCUAGAACAUGAUGGAGAAGAAGCACCUCAGCAGUUCUCAGAGGAUGGAGACUUUGUCAUCAACAAUAUGGAAGGAAAAGGCAUUGGAAACUAUAGUUGUAGUUACCGCCUCCAGGCCUACCCCGAUAUAUGGUCAGAACCCAGUGAUCUUCUGGAGCUGGUUGGAGCAGCAGGGCCUGCUGCUCAGGAGUGCACUGUGGGUAACAUUGUCCGAAGUAGCCUGAUUGUGGUGGUGGUGGUAGCCUUGGGGAUAGUGUUAGCCAUAGAAUGGAAGAAGUGGCCUCGACUCCGGACCAGGGGAUCAGAUACAGAUGGAAGAGACCAGACUAUCGCCCUUGAAGAAUGCAACCUAGAUGGGGAACCAGACACCAAUACCAGCUCUCCCUCAUCAACCUCUCGGACCUCAGUAGAAGUGCCAGUCCCUGUAUAAUAACCUACUCCUUGAUGUGAGAUUUCCUCUUUCUUUUCUCCUCAGAGACCUGUAAGCCUGCCCUGUUUCCCUUGGUGUCAACAUUAGCUACUCUUCCUUGGCCACUAAUCACCUGAGCUGAAUCCAGGGGAUUCUGGCAGUUGAGAGAUCUACCAGAAAAGAUGUUUUCUAAAGAGAGAUUCCCUACCCCUGUAACCCUUUACUGUACUGAUGUACUGAUGCAUGAGGUUCUAUUAAAAAUGUAUUCUUCUGAAUAAAGAUUAUUCAAUAUUAAACUGCUAAAA